AUGCUCAAAUCUAUUUCAUACCUCUUCCUGCUAAUUCUUCCAUCAAAUAUCAUUUUCUCUCAAUCGAACACCUAUACGGCUUAUCAAAGUAGUUUUGCAUAUGUGACGACAUGCACAUCAACUCAAUAUUAUGACAUUGCUCUGUUACAAUGUUCAUCCUGUCCAUCGAACGCUACGCAAAAAUCAACCGAUCGAACACAAUGCGAUUGCACAUCGAAUUCAUAUUACUAUACUGUUAACCAAGGUGGUGGUUCAUUAAUAUGUUCAGCUUGUCCAACAGGAUUGGUACGAUCGACUGACGGUUUCGGAUGUACUGCGGACGAUAGUACUUGCGAUACGACGUUAACAACAAGAGUUCCUACCGAGUCGGCGCUUGACGGAACGGCAAACACGGGCAGUUCAACAUCAGUUUCAAGUCAAGCACGUCUUGCCCAAGAGGUAUGCGUAACCUGUGCAACUGGUACAUGGUCUGAUCCAGAUAAUCAACGAUGUACUCCAUGUGCCAAAGUUACUCCGCAAACAGGUGUACCGUCGGGAACGAUCGGUUGUUGUAGUACUAGUGCGAUUCAAGAUGGAAUGUGUUUAACAUAUCUCAGUGGCAUUCUUGGUGCGACGAUCUCACCUAUAUAUUCCAAUACAUUUGACAGUCCAACAAGCUCGGUAUUUUUCCAACAACAUCUCAGUGCAGCAGUUUAUCUGUGUCGCAUGAAUUUAAAUUCGACCACGGCUCAAACAAACAAUCGCACUCUUCUAUCGAAUGUAACUGCAUGCCAAAUCUUAGCCAACAUAGCCGCCAUGCAAUUCUACUAUCCUGGCACUAACUAUGCCUACUACCUCUAUCAACAAUAUAUCUGGGGACUGACAUCAAUUUGGAACGCUUCGUUCGCAAGAACAUCGAUUCCAUUCUUACAAUAUCCAUCGACAUACUAUCAAGAAGUGAACAGCGCGUCGUACAAUUGGAUUCCAGCGACAUUCGGUCAAAGUAAUAUAUUACAAAUCAAGCUGGCAAAAUACUCUCCGACGGGACAAUAUCUGGGUCUUUUCGACGCAUAUGAUGCAUAUUUACUUUUAUGCGGUGGAAGUUAUACAGAUGGAAAACCGUCGUUUACAUUCGGCACUCAUUAUAAGAAAAUAUGUAAUAUCCGUGCUGAUACAUUAUGGUCUUCAACUCUGUACGACACGGCAUUCUUUGAUCCAUAUAUCGUGUUCACUCAAUCGGGCACAUCUCGUCUGUUACCGACGCCUGUUGUGAUCAGAAACUAUCAAAAUGACAGUAGUACAACACCGAAUAUGAAUGACGAUGAAUCAACUUGGGUUUAUCAUCGACGAUUCUUUCUCAUUGAUCGUAUCUCUGGCAUAACUCAAAACAACGAAUUGAGAAACAUUCAUUAUGCGAAAUCAAUAAGACUUCUCAAUACAUUGACCAGUGAUACAAAUUAUAUCCAACCGCCAGUGAUAGUUAUUGAAUAUGGAGAGCUGUCCAUAUCCGAUCUAGGGAAAAAUGCCGUUGUUCAGAUUACAUUCGAAACUGAAUACCGAAUGAAUCUCGACGCACAUAUUCGUAGUAUAUGGAUCGCCAUUGGUGUUCUAUGUGGAUUAAGUUUAAUACUGGCAGUAAUCGAAACAAUGAUUUGGUAUUCACGAGCGGGUAAACAAGUUAUCGAUUUAGGAACAAUCGGAAAAUUCUUUCUCUAUGUCAUCAAUGCUGUUGGUACGAUAUUCUUCAUCGUUAUGGCGGGUGUAUCACUUUGGUGGUUGAUAUUUUACAAAAGACAAGAUGCGUUGUAUUUGGUUAUUCCAACAUCGGCUCAGCAAACUUCAUUUACUGUACUCGUCGUUGUUGCAUUCGUAUUAAAAUCAUUGGAUAUUCUCCAAUUGAUCAUUCGACAAUCCAGUAUUGAUAUCUUCUUUAUCGAUUGGGAGAAGCCUAAAUCAGGAAAUUUGAAUACCGUUUCGGUAUGGCGAUCGUACUUUGUUGCUAAUGAAUUCAGUGAAAUUCAGACAUUCCGUCGAAUUAAUGUGACAUUCCAACUCAUCUUUGUUCUACUUUUGUUAAAAGUAAUUAACUUAGAAAACGUAGCCACUAUUCAACCCACAGUUAAUCUUUUCCCAUCAUCUUCUGAUUACCAACCAGAUUAUAACGGCAUUCUACGUGUAGGAAUCGCGUUCUCCAUGUGGUUAGGUGUUGCGUUGAUUCAAUAUCUGGUUUAUAUUCUCUUCUAUCAGCGGCAAGUUGAAGAUAAAAUAAUAAACUUUACUGAUCUAUGUUCGGUAUCGAAUAUCAGUGUUUUCGUUCUUAUGGAUAAUCUCUAUGGAUAUUACAUUCAUGGACGUUCUCCGCAUGGUUUGGCAGAUGUGAAUAUGAAAGAUAUGAUGUUGAAUUUAAAUCGAGAAGAUAAUCAAAUGAUCGGCAAACGUGGUUUGCAACCGAAUUCUGAUGAGCAGAUAUUUAUUGUUCGAGUCGAUCGAGCAUUUCGAUUGCAAUACGAGACCUUACUUCAAAGUUAUCAAAAUCGAAUCUUGUCACAUUUGACAAAAAAAGGCGAAGAACACGAAUCCGAAAUUCUCUUGGCAUCUUACCGAAAUUUAAAUGAAUUUCUUUGUGCCUUUAUGAGCCAGUCCUUGCCAAUAUAUAGUUACACUGUUCGACACCGAUAUUUCCUAGAGAAAAUUCUGAAUAUCGAAUUCGGAUUACGCACAGCACCCGAUGCGAAUGGAUAUACUGAAAGUACAUUCUUUAUCGAUGAGGAUCGAAAUUUCACGAAAAUAUUAUUCUGUGGCUAUGAAAAUUCUUUGUUCAUAUGGAAUACAGCAACGUUUCUUUUCAUUGAUUACUUUGCAUCGAAUUACGUUCUAGCAGCGAUCAUUACAUAUUUAUUGAACCUAAUUGCAGAAAAAUUACGUAUAUCAUUAGGUCAAAGAAAUCUAUCGAAGAAAACAUUAAUUCCAAAGAAUUUUCUCAUUUGA